GGACAUUCCCAAGAGAGGUGAAGGUGGAGCACCACCGGGCCUGCUAUGACCCCCCCUCCCCACCCGAGCGCAGCCCGUGGACACCCAGGAGCCCUCCUCCUGCCCACAGAUGGACAAUGGCCAGCUUCAUGGCGGCUGAGGAGAUGCACUGGCCUGUCCCCAUGAAGGCCAUUGGUGCCCAGAACUUGCUAACCAUGCCUGGGGGUGUGGCCAAAGCAGGCUAUCUGCACAAGAAGGGCGGCACCCAGCUGCAGCUGCUCAAAUGGCCCCUGCGCUUUGUCAUCAUCCACAAGCGCUGCAUCUACUACUUCAAGAGCAGCACGUCCGCCUCCCCGCAGGGUGCCUUCUCGCUGAGCGGCUACAACCGGGUGAUGCGGGCGGCCGAGGAGACGACGUGCAACAACGUCUUCCCCUUCAAGAUCGUCCACAUCAGCAAGAAGCACCGCACGUGGUUCUUCUCCGCCUCCUCGGAGGAUGAGCGCAAGAGCUGGAUGGCCUUGCUGCGCAAGGAGAUCGGCCACCUCCACGAGAAGAAGGAGCAGCCCCUGGAUGCCAGCGACUCCAGCUCGGACACAGACAGCUUCUACGGUGCGAUCGAGCGGCCCGUGGACAUCAGCCUCUCUCCGUACCCCACGGACAGCGAAGACUAUGAGCGUGAGGACGAGGACGACUCGUACCUGGAGCCCGACGCCCCCGAGUCGGGGAAGCCCGAGGAUGCCCUGAUCCACCCACCAGCCUACCCCCCACCUCCUGUGCCCACGGCCAGGAAGCCAGUCUUCCCUGAUGUGCCCCGUGCCCACUCCUUCACCUCCAAGGGUCCAGGCCCUAUGCUGCCACCCCCACCCCCUAAACGCAGCCUCCCCGAUGCUGGCCUGGCCUCUGAGGAUGCCAAGAGGGACCUGCUGGGCCUGAGGCGGGUGGAGCCCGGUGCCUGGGUGCCUGCUGCCUCCCGGAGGAUGAGUGACCCCCCGCUGGGCAGCCUGCCAACCGUGCCCAGCCGGAAACCACCGUGCUUCCAUGAGAACACCAGCCCCAGCCCGGAGCCCCGGGUCCCUGGCCACGGGGCCAGCUCUGCCUCCGGUCCUGCCAGCACAGCCACUGCCGCCUCCAGGAACUGUGACAAGCUCAAGUCCUUCCACCUGUCCCCUCGGGGGUCACCCACCCCUGAGCCUCCACCCGUGCCGGCCAACAAGCCGAAGUUCCUGAAGGUGAUGGAAGAUGUUCCCCCGAGGGAUGCAGCCAAGCCCGGACUCUUUGUACCCCCUGUGGCCCCCCGGCCUCCUGCACUGAAGCUGCCCAUGCCUGAGGCCUCAGCCCGGCCCAUGGUCCUGCCCAGGCCAGAGAAGCCACAUCUCCCCCACCUCCAGCGGUCACCCCCGGAUGGGCAGAGUUUCAGGAGCUUCACCUUUGAAAACCCCCGGAAACCCAUGCAGGCUGACACGUCGCAGGUGGAUGCUGGCGGGGAGGACUCGGACGAGGACUACGAGAAGGUGCCACUGCCCAGCUCCGUCUUCAUCAACACCACGGAGUCCUGUGAAGUGGAAAGGCUGUUCAAAGCCACGAGCUCCCGUGGAGAGCCCCAGGACGGCCUCUACUGCAUCCGGAACUCCUCCACCAAGUCGGGGAAGGUUCUGGUUGUGUGGGAUGAAACCUCCGGCAAAGUGAGGAACUACCGAAUCUUUGAGAAGGACUCGAAGUUCUACCUGGAGGGCGAGCUGCUGUUUGUGAGCGUGGGCAGCCUGGUGGAGCACUACCACACCCACAUGCUUCCCGGCCACCAGAGCCUGCUGCUGAAGCACCCCUACGGCUACACCAGGCCCAGGUGACACCUGUACGGCGUGCGGCUGGGCGGAGGCGACCGGGGGGGCCACAGCCCCAGGCCACGCAGAAGGAGACGGGCCUGCCCGGGAGGUGGACCGGGAGCCAGCACCGCGCUCUGACCCGGGGCUCCCUGAUGGACACGUCACAGAAAUUGCCAGGCCAGGCCCUCCCCAGCAGGCUGGGUCCUUGGGGCUAGGCCAGGCCCUGGGCUCCAGAGAAUUGGGUGGGGCUCUCCCGGCUCACCCUGCCCACCUCCCAGGGGCCCAGGAGCCAAGGGCUGAGCCCAGCCUGGACUUGAUGGACAGGAAUUCUGGUCUCCCCAGCACACCCACCCUGCGCUGGGCUGGGAGCUGGGCAGGGCUGGGGCAUCUGCGGUGGGGACAGGGGCCGGACCCUCCUAGGAACGCUACAGUUCAGGCUCCGCGAGGGGCUGGUGUCACACAAUAAAGCACAGAUGACCUUUG